AUCCGUCAUUUCACUUUGGCUUUCCCAUCGCAGUUCCCGCAUAUCACCGCCGCCUCCGUUUAGUCUAUUGCGACGGAGCUUCUCAGUCAGUCCCGCACUCCGCUCCGCCUGCAAAAGAGACUCGACAGUGGGAAACUCUCUGAUUAAUUAAGUCGUCUCUCCCCUCGAAGACUCAGCCGCGAAGAAAACCCUUCCAUUUUCUCCAGAUAACCCGAGCCGAGCUCCCUGCUUCCACUCCAUUUCUUCUUCUUCUUCACUCUCUGCGAUGGCGAGUCCAGAGAGCGCCGUCAAUGGCCCGACGAUGACAGCGGGGGCGGCAUCGAAGAGUUUGCGGAAUGCGUUCGGCGGCGUUAUCGCCUUCAUCAUACUCGUCCUGAUUGGAGUCCUCGCCUUCUCGAUCCGCCUUUUCUCUGUGAUAAAAUAUGAGAGUGUGAUUCACGAGUUUGAUCCCUACUUCAACUAUCGAGUUACUCAGUUCUUGUCGAAGAAUGGGAUAUACGACUUCUGGAACUGGUUUGAUGAUCGAACAUGGUAUCCUCUUGGCCGUGUAAUUGGUGGAACUGUUUAUCCGGGUUUGACCUUGACAGCUGGCACAAUUUGGAAGGUCGUCAAUUCCUUAAACAUUCCUCUGUCAGUAGAGACUGUUUGUGUGUUCACAGCACCAAUUUUCUCCGCCUUCGCUUCAUGGGCAGCUUAUUUAUUGACUAAGGAAGUUAAGGGUCCUGGUGCUGGACUCACAGCUGCUGCUCUCUUGGCCAUGGUUCCAUCAUACAUAUCUCGGUCUGUGGCAGGAAGCUACGACAAUGAAGCAGUUGCUAUAUUUGCAUUAGUCUUCACAUUCUAUCUAUAUAUUAAGACGCUGAAUACGGGGUCCCUUUUCUAUGCUACUCUAAAUGCCUUGGCAUACUUUUACAUGGUCUGCUCAUGGGGAGGCUACACCUUCAUUAUUAAUCUGAUUCCUAUGCACGUGCUUCUCUGCAUUGUAACGGGUCGUUAUUCUUCUCGACUGUACAUUGCUUAUGCACCUCUUGUGGUAUUGGGUACUUUGCUAGCUUCUUUGGUGCCUGUUGUUGGUUUUAAUGCUGUCUUGACAUCAGAACAUUUCGCUUCAUUUCUGUUCCUCAUCUUAGUUGAUCGACAGUGUCAUCUAUCUAGUUCUUACUAUUUACUUGUGCAGGUUUUCAUUAUCAUCCAUGUUGUGGCCCUUGCAUACUAUAUCAAAGGGAUCCUCUCCCCAAAAAUGUUUAAAGUUGCUGUGACACUUGUUGUGUCUGUUGGCCUAGCAGUCUGUUGUGCGGUUAUAGCAAUUCUGAUAGCAGUGGUGGCAUCCAGCCCGACAAAGGGAUGGAGUGGGCGAAGUCUAACUCUACUUGAUCCGACUUAUGCAAGCAAGUAUAUACCAAUUAUCGCUAGUGUUAGUGAACAUCAGCCUCCUACUUGGCCAUCGUACUUCAUGGACAUCAAUGUGUUAGCUUUCUUGGUUCCUGCUGGGAUUAUUGCCUGCUUCAUGCCCUUAACCGACUCAAGCUCUUUUGUCAUCCUUUAUAUUGUGACUUCUGUUUAUUUCUCUGGUGUCAUGGUACGGUUGAUGCUUGUACUUGCUCCAGCAGCAUGCAUCUUGUCUGGCAUUGCACUGUCUGAAGCUUUUAAUGUCUUGACUCGAUCAAUCAAGUUUCAGCUACCUGGUAUAGCAGGGAACCCCAGCAUUGCUGAAGAAAAUGGUUCAAGCACUGUUGUAGCACCAAACGACAUACCAAAGACUGAAGAAGCUGCAAAAGAAAAACCAGCGAAAAAGAAUAGGAAGAAAGAAAAGGAGAAUGUGGAGAAGAAGCCCACACCAUCCAAAACUGAGAAGAGGCUUCUUGUCUUACCUCUGGAAGCCUCAGUCAUUGCUGUUCUCUUGCUUGUAUUGCUUGGUGCCUUCUACGUGGUUCAUUGUGUAUGGGCAGCAGCAGAAGCUUAUUCAGCCCCUUCCAUUGUUCUUACAUCUCACUCAAAUGAUGGUGGCUUGCAUGUUUUUGAUGAUUUUAGAGAGGCCUAUUCAUGGUUGAGCCACAAUACUGACGUGGAUGAUAAAGUCGCGUCAUGGUGGGACUAUGGGUAUCAAACAACUGCUAUGGCUAACCGCACUGUUCUCGUCGACAACAACACCUGGAACAACACUCAUAUCGCAACUGUUGGCACAGCCAUGUCAUCCCCUGAGAAGCAAGCCUGGGAGAUCUUCCAUUCACUGGAUGUGAAAUAUGUCCUAGUAGUCUUUGGAGGUGUUGUUGGCUACCCUAGUGAUGAUAUCAAUAAGUUCCUUUGGAUGGUUCGCAUUGGAGGCGGUGUGUUCCCUCACAUCAAAGAACCUGAUUACCUGGUAAGUUUCUCCAACUUGCGUAUGCUGACAUCCCAAACUUACCUGUUUGCUUGUUUGUAUCCCAAGAGAGACGGACAAUACCGGAUCGACGCUCAAGCUACUCCCACCAUGCUCAACUGUCUUAUGUACAAACUGUCGUACUUCAGGUUUGUAGAAACAGAUGGCAAAGGAUUUGACAGAGUACGAAGGACAGAAAUAGGCAAGAAACAUUUCAAACUCACCCAUUUCGAAGAGGUAUUCACCACUCACCAUUGGAUGGUGCGGAUCUACAAACUGAAGCCCCAAAGGAACAGGAUCCGCGGCAAGACAAAGAAAUCCAAGUCUUCGAGAUCGGUUAGCUCAAAGAGAGAUGUAAGAGGAAAGAGGAAUCCUUGGCACUAAGGGAUAAACUACCAUCUCAUACAACGAAGCCAUCUUCAUUCUUCCCCAUUGGUGUGUUAACUUUACUCAUUUUCGCCACGUCCUCUUCGAGAGGUGCAGAGCUUGGUGAAGCAAGCAGUCAAGGGGAGAGAUUUUGUAGGACUACCUCCACCCAUGUGGUUUCUUUUUGUUGCGACAGAACUUUGACUAGAGAUUAACAUCGUACAUUUUGGAUGAAAUACUAUCCAGUCCAAUUAGUGAAAGUUAUGGAUUCAUCUCUUCGGCUUUUUAAUCGCAGUAGCUGUAACGCCUGCUCAUGCUUCUCGCUGCUGCUGGAGUCGAGUCAGAUUCAAUCGAUUAGCCUUCGUUGACAAUAUGGACUUGUUGCGACAACUUAGUUACGUUCUAGUGACCAAUUUGCAACCAUUUUGGUUCUCUCUUUCAUCGAUGUAUCAACCACCCAGCUAAGCAGGUAAAGAAAAACCAACACAAAGGUAUUCAAAUAGGGCGUUUCGUGUCACUAUAUGUGCGGGCAAUUUGCAGCUGAUGGACAGCUGAAAGUGCUAUGCUGCCAUCGAAAACCUCUGGCAGGAUGAAUUCACUUGCACAGCAUCGCAGAUGGUUCGAUCCUGAAGCUGACCAACAAGAACCUGGGAGUCUCCCUCAACGAUUGGCCCACUGAGUCAGCCUCCGAAGUAGCAGUAGAGCGCCCCGUGCAGCUAAGAGAUUAGCCAGAUAAGGGCCAGUGAACCACCAUGAUCCUGAGCAAAAAGCAUAUAGACCAGCCUGCUACCUGAACGACCAAGCCGGAUGCACAACAUACGGAGGAGAGAACCGGAGCAACAAAAUAGACCUGGAAAGACCCUGGAGGCGGAGGAGAGAAUGAUACAGUUGCAGUGAUGACAACCAUUCAGACUUUUAACCCAGUGGUUUAUGGUGCCUGCGAUUAUGCUUCUUUUUCCUUCAUUCCUCGUUAUUACUCCCUUUCUCUCAGUAUGUGAUUGCCUUUUUCUUUGAGAUGGACCAAACACAGUUCACAGUUCAAACCGCACCUCUGAAUCAACACUAAACUGCAUUUCUUUAUGGCAGUGAAGUGAUCAUAUGGUGUUCGAACUUCGAACCACUCCUUCCGCUCCAAGGAAAUCGAGCACUGUUGCCUUAGUGUGUUAGAGAGACAGAGGCAAGUUGAUAGCUAGGUGAGCAAAUUUCUUCCUCGGCAUCUCAGUGACAGUGAGGCAGGAUCUGGAUAUGCUCAGUUUCUAUCAUUUGGUUCUACAGAGGGCACCAAAGGGCGCAUAUUGGUGUGCAGUAGAGCAGCUUGGAUUCCCAUGCCAAGCAUUAGCCCAAGGGAGAUACAACUUUCUGCGCAAAUGUUUCCUUCAUUCUAUUUUUGGCUGUAAUGGAAGGCAUUCUUAAACGAACAUGGGCGUUGCCACAGUUGUUCACAAUGUGGCCUGAUGAAGGUUACAAAUAUGGUUCACCAAUAUUCUCCACAUGAACACUCACCAUCUCGGAAAUGGUGAAAACGGCUAUUGUCUCUGACGACUAUCUCCCUCCCGACUAUCUUCGAGAUCAACUUUAUCGCUGUAUGGCAGUCCACACAUAUUCUGAUGUUCUUUAUAACUCGAAUUGUUGUUCCAGCGGGCGUGCUCAUGAUGCCAAAUGCUAUCGCCCGUCUCUCACUGUGACCAUACAACAAGUACUUCUUCUGCUCGUCAUCAACAUCAUGCAGCACCUCACUCGUGUCAGCAACAUACCCCGCUAGCUCCAUUUUCUCUUGCAAUUCACAGAGAGCAAUGUUUAUCUCAUCAUGCAGCGGAUGGGACUUAUCAUCUGCAAUAAAAGUAUGAAUCUUGUUCUUCACUUCUAUCCAACUACAAGCAGGGUUUUUCCUUAUCCCCAUAUUCCUCAUGGUCAUCCGUACCUUUGCAGCUUCCUUCCAUCUGCCAUCAUUUGCAUAUAUGUUGGACAGAAGAACUCGAGCACCAAUGUUCUCUGGAUCGACCUCGAAAAUCUUGCUUGCGACCUUCUCAGCCAAGUCGACAUUUUUAUGGACCCUACAAGCCGAGAGUAGCAAGGACCAAAUCGUACCGGUGGGUGUGGUCAUGGUACUGAUGAGUUGAUAAGCAUCGUUCAGCUUUCCCUUCCGGCUAUAAAGGUCUGCCAUUGCAGCAUAGUGUUCUAACCCUGGCCUAAUACCAUAUUCCUCAGUCAUUCGAUCAAAGUACCUUCGACCUUCAUCUAUCAUGCCAGCAUGACUGCAAGCAGUUAAGAUCGCAGUGAUUGCCACAUGAUUUGGUCGAAUUCCUUCCAAUUUCAUCUGCUCGAAUAAUGAGAUGGCAUCUUCAGCAUAACCAUGUAAAGCACAACCCAUUAUCAUUGCUGUCCAGGAUACCAUGUCACGACCCUUUAUGCCGCCGAAAAUCCAUCCAGCGGUCCUAAUAUGACCACAUUUGGCAUACAUGUCCACCAAUGAACUAGAAAUAAAAACAUUAUCAUCAAAUCCGCACCUCAUUAUGUAUCCAUGAAGCUGCUUUCCCAAAUUCAACGUGGUCAAGUGAGCACAAGCAGGCAUGAUGCUGGAGAAUGAAACACUCCCUGGUAUAACAUUAUCCUUCAACAUCUGCCGGAAGAGUCUCAAGCCUUCAUCAAACAUACCGUUCUGCACACAACCAGCAAUAACUGAAUUCCAGGAAAUGGUGUCGCGUUGACGAGUAAUCUUGAACACACGUAUCGAGUCUUCCACUCGAGCACACCUCGAGUACAUGUUGAUCAAGCUGCUAGCAACAUAAAGGUCCUUAUCAAAGCCAUAUCUAAUGACAUAACCAUGAAUCUCCCUUCCCUUAUCAACAUCCACGUAUUGGGCAAAGAUAGGAAGUAUGGCUGACAAAGUAAAUAUGUCAGGCUUCAGCCCUGCACCUCCCAUCUCCCUAACCAUCGCCAAAGCAUCUUCGUGCAGUCCAUUUUGUGCAUUCCCUGCGAUUACAGUGUUCCAAGAAAUAAUAUCUCUUGUUGUCAUCGUCUCAAAUACCUUCUUCACGCUGCUAUCCGCUCCUGCACCAGUUCUACUUCUACCGUCUAAGCAACUACCAAGCUGAGGAAAAAUAUCUACAAACCGCUUCAGGACAGUGUUGGUACUAAUACCCACAUCAUCCUCGCUUUCCUGCGAAAGCUGGCUUGCAAAUAGAUUAUCAACAGUCCUCUCAGACAUUCCAUCGAACACCUUGCGCCUGUCACGUUCCCGCCACUCGCUCUCAGCCAAACUCUGCAGCUUUGCGUACAUAUUAAUGAGUGCAUUCCCAGUAAUCAAAUGAACGUCCAUUCCCAACCUAAUAAUGCACCCAUGAACCGCCUCCCCCAAUCUCAAAUCCAGCAGAAAGGCGCAAGCUUUCAGCACAGAAGGGAACACGCUGUGAUCAGGGGUGUUACCGGAAGCUCUCAUGUCUACGAAAGAGGCCAGUGAUUCAACAAAGCGCCCAUUCACCGCGUAGCAUUUGAUGAUUGAUUUGUAUGCGAGAGAAGGCGGGGACUGUAGGGUUUUGAACAGGAGGAGGGAUUGGUUCAGGAGCUUGAAGUUGGAGUAAACGCAGAUGGCUGUGGAUGUGUAAAGAGGUGAAGAAGGGUUGUGCUUGAGGAUUUGGGCGUGGAGCUGCUUGGCUUCGGAUGCCGAGGUGAUUGCGCCCGGCCGCUUGAGAAGGGCUUUCAGGAGCUGUUUAACUUCGAGUUUGGUGGCGAUGGCGCCUGGGUUUCUGAGGAGAGCUUCGAGCACGCCCAGCGUGGAUGCCAUUGUUGGUUAAU